AACUUGUCGGAUGGGUGUAUGUAGUAGCCCUCCAAAUUAUCCCAUGGUAGGAGCUACUGUGCGUGGCUCUGCCGACUCGGCCUUCCUGGCACCUCUGAAGGGGUGAUUCGGCGCCUCGACUGAUGGCGCGCACCGCGUACACGGUGAUGGAACGCGGCAUUCCACGGCACGCUUUUCUUGAACAGCUCUCUGUUCGUAUGCCGAAGCAGUCUGAUGUAUGAACGACAUGAAGAAGAUUCGAAGACAGAGAUUGACCAACUUCGAUUCUGGUUGCAGAGUACACCAAUGGCGUCUGCUACCUACAGGGAAAGAGUGCUUGGAAUUGCGGGUACUGGACUUGCGCUACUGCCUAUACAAGCUUUGAGACGGCGGGAUCCUCGCGCUUCGGGAGGACGCCUAGGUGCUUAUGUUGAACACCCACGCCGAAUCUGCGAUGGUCGAGAAUGCAACCCCGAUCAAUCAGCUAGUGAGCAAAUGUCCCGCCGCUUGCGACGCCCUUGUCUAAACGACUGUUCUCCGCGGUUCCGGGCUUUGCAAAGUCCGGAUACAGCGGGCGCCAGGUCCAUCAUGAGAAUUUUGCUGUUUUCGGUCGCUCCGCUUCCGGCUUUAAUGCGCCGGCUUGGGAUGACAUCGCGUUACUUGAAGUCUCAAUUUGCGCCACGGCCCAAGUCACACGCUAAUCACACCAGGAGUGGCUUUACGCCAGCAUGUGGACCGGCGCCGUGGCUGUGCGGUGCCGAAGGUCGUAUAAUGAAAAGGGCGCACUACCUCUCAGGCCGCGCGUACCAAUAGUACCGACGAACGAUUGGGUUGGUGCAUUGAAGUCCGUUUCAUGCGCAUCUAGACACAAAACAGAAAAGGGCUGCCGUGACUCACCGUUUGACCGGUGGUA